GGAUCGACGUGCUAUUCCUACAAGACAUCCUAUGAAUGUAUACCAUGCUGAUGUGGUUGUGCUCGGCCUUCCGCGCGCCAAUUCCAGAGAUGGUGUCCCGCUCAUAUGGUACACUGGAAGACACCAAUGGUUUUGAGCUACAGCCUUUAGAACUGUUACCCGUCUCGUCUAGCAUUCAUCAUUGCUGUUCUGCAUUAUUUGGUUCCGCGGUCAUUGAUGCGAGACCAGAAACUGACCCUUGCCCAUGAUGGAAGAUUCCUGUGUUUUCUUGAGGGCGCCCCACAGUUCUGUCUGUUGUGUUUCAUCGAGCAAAGAGUGGUCGGUAAUGGGGGGGAUAUAGCCGUAUGUGAGAUCCUGAGCUGCACAUAUAAUGAUGGGAGGGCAGAGAAGGGGAUCAUGACAAUCGUACUUUUUUCCAGACUAG